CGCGGCGCGGCCCGUCCUUUCGCUCCCGGCGGCGCAGGGCUGAGCAGCCAGCGGCGCGCAGCCUCCGCUCCCCGUCCGCCCCGCGCUCCUCCACCACCAUGACGGAACAGGCCAUCUCCUUCGCCAAGGACUUCCUGGCGGGCGGCAUCGCCGCCGCCAUCUCCAAGACGGCCGUGGCGCCCAUCGAGCGCGUCAAGCUGCUGCUGCAGGUCCAACAUGCCAGCAAACAGAUCGCGGCGGACAAGCAGUACAAGGGCAUCAUGGACUGCAUCGUCCGCAUCCCCAAGGAGCAGGGCAUGAUGUCGUUCUGGCGGGGCAACCUGGCCAACGUCAUCCGCUACUUCCCCACGCAAGCCCUCAACUUCGCCUUCAAGGACAAGUACAAGCAGGUGUUCCUGGGGGGCGUGGACAAGCACACCCAGUUCUGGCGCUACUUCGCGGGCAACCUGGCCUCGGGCGGGGCGGCCGGCGCCACCUCCCUCUGCUUCGUGUACCCGCUGGAUUUCGCCCGCACCCGCCUGGCGGCCGACGUGGGCAAGUCGGGCACCGAGCGCGAGUUCAAGGGCCUGGGCGACUGCCUGGUCAAGAUCAGCAAGUCCGACGGCAUCCGCGGCCUCUACCAGGGCUUCGCCGUCUCCGUGCAGGGCAUCAUCAUCUACCGGGCCGCCUACUUCGGGGUCUACGACACCGCCAAAGGCAUGCUCCCUGACCCCAAGAACACGCACAUCGUGGUGAGCUGGAUGAUCGCCCAGAGCGUGACGGCCGUGGCCGGCGUGGUCUCCUACCCCUUCGACACCGUCCGGCGGCGGAUGAUGAUGCAGUCGGGCCGCAAAGGAGCGGACAUCAUGUACACGGGCACCCUGGACUGCUGGACGAAGAUCCUGCGGGACGAGGGCGGCAAGGCCUUCUUCAAGGGCGCCUGGUCCAACGUCCUGCGCGGCAUGGGCGGGGCCUUCGUCCUGGUCCUCUACGACGAGCUCAAGAAGGUCCUGUAGGGCCCCGAACCCCGACCCACUGGACGGGCGGGCGGGUGGGCGGGCGGCCCCUCGCUCACCCCCGCCCACCCGCCCGGUCCCGGCCAGUCCUGCCUUGGGGCCCCCCCGGGAGCCACAGGGGACCCCCACCCCUCACCUCCCCGCCCCCGGAGGAGGCCUCCGAUGCGGCCACCCCCCGCUGUGUCCAGUAGACCUAGAGUCCAGGCCGGCCACGCCCACCCCCGCCCGCCCCCGUCUAUUUAAAGAAUCGAGUCCCGUCUCCCUCCUGAGUUUGUACCCCAGGAGCCCACCCGCCCCGCACAGCCGGUUGCCGCCAACUCCAGCCGCCUCUCUGCCCCCCCUCCCCUCCCUCCGUCCCUCCCUUGGGCGCGUCUGCUGCAGAAUAAAAAGAGGACACAGCCCCUG